AUGGCAACAACAACAAGAUCCCAACGUAAGCGUGCUCAUACAACUGAAGAAGAUUUUCACGCUGAAUCGCCAUUACCUAAAGUUUCCAGUAACAAAGAUUUAAAAUCUCAAUCUGAAGCAUCCGAUGAAGAUAUUUUUACUAAUAAAAAUUUUAAUAAUAGAAAUAAUAGUUUAUUAUUAACACCAAUAAAUGAUUAUAUAAAAGAUUCAAAAAAAGAAAAUGUAUCGGGCUUACCCUUAGCAUUAAAUUCACCAGCACCUUAUAGUGAUGAGGAGGCAGCCAUUAUUGAGAGAGAAAAAAUUGAUUAUUCAAAAAAAAUAACAUUAGAAAUGGCUAAGAAUAAUACUGCAGGAAGGCCUGUUAGAGUUUUUGCCGAUGGUAUAUAUGAUCUUUUUCAUCAUGGGCAUGCAAAUCAAUUAAGACAAUGUAAAAAUGCUUUUCCUAAUGUUUAUUUAAUUGUUGGUGUUUGUGGUGAUGAAAGUACACAUAAAUAUAAAGGUAAAACAGUUACAAGUGAUGAAGAAAGAUAUGAAGCUGUUAGACAUUGUAGAUAUGUCGAUGAAGUUUAUAGAAAUUCUCCAUGGUAUGUAACAGUUGAUUUUCUUAAAGAAUUAAAAGUUGAUUUUAUUGCUCAUGAUGCUUUACCAUAUGUUGCACCUGGAGAAGAGGAUUUAUAUGAAAAAUUUAGAAAAGAGGAAAUGUUUAUUGAAACUCAAAGAACAGAAGGUGUCAGUACAUCUGAUGUUGUUUGUCGUAUUAUUCGUGAUUAUGAUAAAUAUGUGAGAAGAAAUCUAGCACGAGGAUAUAGUGCAAAAGAAUUAAAUGUUGGAUUUGUUGCUGCAACAAAAUAUCAAAUUCAAAAUUCAGUUGAUCAAAUAAAGCAAAAAUCAGCAGAAGUUUUAAAUGGAUGGAAAAAUAGAUCUGAUGAAAUUAUAAAAGGAUUUAUUGCAACAUUUCAUCCAGAUGGAGGAUUACAUUAUGUCACUGAUAAAAUAAGAGAUUUAGUUUCGAGAUCACCUUCACCAGCCUUAGAAGAAACAGAAAGUAAUCAUUCUGAUGACUCAACGUGA